AUGGCCACCACAACAGCACCAACCUACCUGGACCUAGCAGCCCAAAAGCGCGCCGAGCAACUGGCCCUAAUUCCAGCCGAAUGGCGUCUUUCUUCAAUCCCAUCCGUCGAAUCGACGCCCGACGCACUCGUUUACCUCCGAAGCAUCCUCUCCGCAAGAGAACUACUCCUCACAGAGGAAACAGAUAUAACAGUGCUUCUGCGCAACCUCUCAUCCGGCGAGCUCUCCUCGCUAGAACUAACGACUGCAUUCGCGAAGCGCGCAGCCCUAGCCCACCAAUUAACCACCUGCUGCACGGAGAUAUUCUUUGAAGAAGCCUUCGCUACGGCGAAGCGGAUGGAUGCUCAUUUAGCGAGGACUGGAUCGACGGUUGGUCCUUUGCAUGGACUGCCUGUUUCGAUUAAGGAUUUAUUUUCUGUUAAGGGUGUCGAUACUUCUAUCGGCUGGGUCGGACUAACAAACAACCCCUCCCAAACCGACAAGUCCGUCGCCCAAACCCUCCGCCGUCUCGGGGCAGUCCUAUACGUAAAAACAAAUCUCCCCCAAUCAAUGAUGAUGUCCGACUCAUACAACCACGUCUUCGGCCAAUGCGUGAACCCACUGAAUCGCGCCCUGAUUUCCGGCGGGAGCUCCGGCGGCGAGUCCUCGCUUGUUGCGGCUCGGGGUAGUCCGCUCGGUAUUGGGACGGAUUUGGGAGGCUCGAUUCGGAUCCCGGCUAGUUUGACGGGGAUUUUUGGUCUUUCACCUAGUCCUGGAAGACAUCCUUAUGAGAGGGGGAAUCCCGGCCAGGAUAUCGUUCGCUCCGUUGCUGGUCCGAUGGCUUGCUCCCUGGCGAGUAUUGAGAGGUAUAUGGAGGUUCUGCCGUGUGCCUCGCCUUGGGAAUUAGAUCAACAUACUGCUCCCGUUCCGUGGCGGAGGAGUUUAGCUUCGUUGAAGGCGAAGAGACUCCGCAUUGGCUUUGUGGUAGAUGAUGGCGUUGUCAAAGUUCAACCUCCGAUCGCGAGGGCGGUUCGGGAUGUUAUCGAUGCACUGAGAGCGGCUGGGCAUGAAGUGUUUGAAUGGGAUGCGUCCUCUCAUUCAUACGCCUACUCAUUAUGGGAGAAGGCUAUUUUCUCUGAUGGAGGCGAGGGAUGUCGUAGAAAGAUCGAGAUGACGGGUGAGCCCCUGGUUGAAGGGAUGUUAGUUGGAACUCCGGAUCAUAUAUUGUCUACCUCGGAGACGCAUCAGUUAAACGCGGAUAAGUAUCUCUAUGAGAGUAGCUACCUCGAUCGCUGGACUACAUCCGGCAUCGACGCACUAAUUAUGCCAACGACUCCAUGGGUGGGAUACAAGCCCUGGACAUGGGUGAAAUCCAGCGCAUACGUGGGCUACACUAGUAUUUGGAAUUUACUCGGAUACGCGGCCUUGUCUGUGCCCAUCACGAAUGUUUCUCGGGAACAGGAUAUGCCGGAUCAAGAGUGGUCGGACCAUGUGCCUAGGAAUUCUGGCGACAGGUUUAAUAAAGAGCAGUAUGAUAUCAACCUAGUCGAAGGCAUGCCGGUCGGCGUACAAGUCGUAGGCGGCCGUUUCGGCGAAGAAAAAUGCGUCGCUGUCGCAAAGGCCAUUGAACAAGCCAUGAGAUGGAAGGAUAACGCCCGACCCAGUCUCUGA